CCCCGAAGCAGCAGACGGAUGGAAAGAGCAAAGGCCUCGAGUAUUACCUCUCCCAGUUCCUUUGCCUCGCCAGCUUCGUGCUGCUGCUGAUUUUUCUGGGCAUCCUCAUGGCGAAGAUGGUUGGGUCAGGCUGGCUUGACAGGACAGAGGAGAACUUUAAUCUCUUGCCCGUGGAUUGUGACAAAGGAACGGAUGGUUUCUGUCAAGCUAAGCAGAAGGACGUGAUAAUGAACGUGCUGCACGAGCUGUAUAACUACUUGUCCGUACAAGCUGGUAAUUUUGAAUGCGGAAACCCUGAGAAUCUAAAAAGCAAAUGCAUUUGGGUUAGUGAAGCGAAGGAUCACGUGGUGAAUAUAACUGGUAGCUCCCCGCAGAAGUUUGAAGCUGCCCUGCACUGGAUACUAAACAGUAACAAGGAUUUAGGAAUAUGGUUGAAAGGCAGAGACCUUUCGGCACCAGUUACCAAGGUGGAGGAGGUGUUCUGCCUCGAAUCAGCCCAUCCGCAGAUGGGGCUCGGCUGCCGUUUCCGCCGGGCAGUGGUCACUGCCAUCAUGAACCUCUUCCUGUUUUUCUGGAGUCUGAUAACUCUUUGGGGGAUCCUGAUCUUCCUUCGGUACCGCUGGCGGAAGAUGGAGGAAGAGGAACAAGCCAUGUAUGAAAUGGUGAAGAAGAUCAUAGCUGUUGUCCAGGACCACUAUAAGGAAUGGGAAAGGAAUGUGGAGCGUUACCCCUAUGUUGGCAUUUUCCACGUUCGGGACAGCCUCAUCCCUCCUCAAAGCAGAAAAAAAAUGAAGCGCAUCUGGGAGAGAGCUGUGGACUUUCUGGCUUCAAAUGAGUCCCGGAUUCAGACAGAGUCGCACAGAAUAGCAGGAGAAGAUAUGCUAGUGUGGAGAUGGACUCAGCCUUCCUACGUCUCGGAUACAGAGCACUGAAGAGGAGCACAAGUGGAAUGAGUUGAUACGGACCUCUGCGAGGGGACAGUCCCUUCUCUGGUGGUGGGAAAGAGCAGGUCCCGGUCCUGACCUCCCAGGGUUGGGGGGUUGCAUGUAUCUGUUUGCUCUUCUUUCUGAAAAUCUUCACACAUUACAA